AACAGAGGGCGAUGUAGAUAUCAGUUAGUAGACGUUUGUACACCAUACCCGGCGUCGUUGCUGUAGGAAAAACAUUAUUUCGAAAUUGUUAAAUACCUUAUUAAUUCGGAACGAACGCCAAAUUUAGCAUACGAGACCUAUUUUAAUUGUAAGAAGUGUGUUUGGCAUAAAUCCGGCAAAAUGUCGUAUAUGCUCCCUCAUCUUCACAAUGGCUGGCAAGUAGACCAGGCUAUUUUAUCCGAAGAGGACCGUGUUAUUGUUAUAAGAUUUGGCCACGACUGGGACCCUACGUGUAUGAAAAUGGAUGAAGUCUUAUACAGCAUCGCUGAGAAGGUGAAGAAUUUUGCAGUCAUUUAUCUUGUGGACAUCACAGAAGUGCCAGAUUUCAAUAAGAUGUACGAGUUGUAUGAUCCUUGCACAGUCAUGUUCUUUUUCAGGAACAAACACAUCAUGAUUGAUCUUGGCACUGGUAACAACAACAAGAUUAACUGGACCAUGGAAGACAAACAAGAGAUGAUAGACAUUGUUGAGACCGUCUACAGGGGGGCGAGGAAAGGACGCGGUCUUGUGGUGUCCCCUAAAGACUACUCCACCAAAUACAGAUACUGAUCUCUGGAUUAUUAUUAUCCCAUCACAAAAGAUAUGUGCAUUCGGAAGUGUGGUCAUUUGGACAGUUUAAUGGUCUUGUUUAGCAUUUUCAGCUUUAUGUAUAAAUGUUACUCUGUUGCAAUUAAAGAAACCUUUGUUUUUUUUAACAUCUAAAAUAAAACAUUUUUCUUCUGUUUUAUUUCUAA